AUGGAGGCUUUCAAAUUCAGGAGUGAACUUAUUGGUCACACAAGUGAUGUUAGGGGCAUUUGUUGUCCACGAGAUGGUCUUCUUGCUUCUGUUUCUAGGGACAUGACAAUGCGUACGUGGGAUAUUGAAGGAGCAUCUGGACAAACUUUUCCUACAAUGGAAUUUGCAAAACACAGCAAAUAUGUAACUUCGGUAUCCUUUUGUCCAUCAAGUCAUUUUUCUAAUGGUCUUAUCUUGACUGGUUCCAACGAUAACCUUAUUAGAGGCUUCAUUGAAGGUCAACUUGAUCCCGUAUUUUCUUUGAAUGGACAUACUGGCACAGUUUGCUCUCUCGACUGUGAUUCAAGCGGUAUUAUUUUGAGCGGUUCUUGGGAUUCGACUGCAAGAUUUUGGGAUUUCGAUACAUGUCUUGGUAUAAUUCAGCGACCAGAUACGUCUAUUUGGUCUGUUGUUUUUCUGCUUUCUUCUGACACCCGUCCAGAUGAAUAUUUGGUUGCUACGGGUUCAUCUGACGCUUGUAUUUGCAUUUGGAAUAUUCCUAAAAGCUCUCUUACAAAAACUUCUCCACCAGCGGAGUUUAAAACUCCCCUUAAAAUUCUUCGAGGUCAUACUGACUGUGUUCGCUCCUUGGCUCUCUUAGACCGUAACCGUCUACUUUCAUCUAGUAAUGAUGCAAGCAUUCGAUGCUGGUGUAUUGAAUCGGGAGCGUGUAUAGCCGAGUUCUACGGUCAUACAAGCUUUGUCUACAGCAUCGCAAUUGAUCCAGCCCGUCAGUUCUUUGUCUCAGCCGGGGAAGAUAGGUCUGUUCGCGUAUGGCCCAUUCCGGAGCUUGGACGAUCAGGUAGUCAGCAACUAAAAUGUCUGCAGACUCUCCCUCUGCCCUGUCAAACAGCUUGGUGCGUUACAGUCACUUUCGAUAGCGAUAUUGCGGUGGGGUGUAGUGAUAGCAAGAUCCGACUCUUCUCUAAUAACCCCAAAACCCAGGCUCCGUUGGCAGCCAUAGAAACGUAUGAAGCGGAACUGGCUUCUUCUCAAGUUUCAGCCGAAUCACUCGGGGAAAUUGAAAAGCAUAAUUUACCGGGGGUUGAAGCUCUUGCAAUUCCAGGUCGAAGCGAAGGUGAAGUGAAAGUAAUACGAGAGAAUGGAGCGCUUGUGUGUUACCAGUGGUCAACAAGUGCAUCACAAUGGUUGAAAGUUGGAGACGUCAUUGGUUCCGCAGAUCAUACCGCUACGGGCUCAAACAGGACUUUAUUCGAAGGAAAGGAAUAUGACUAUGUGUUUUCCGUGGACUUGGGUGACAAUAUUCGUCCAGUUAAGUUGCCUUUUAACAAGACAGAGGACCCUUGGAUGGCAGCCCAAUUAUUUAUCUACAAACACAAUCUGUCUCAAGACUACCUUGAUCAAAUUGCCAAGUUUAUUAUCACUCAGGCGGGUCUUGAUAAACCUGGUGCUCCUGUCGUCAGUGUUGGAGCAGAUAGCAGUUUGGUGGAUCCAUUUACAGGGGGUGGCCGAUAUGUGCCAUCCUCUGGCUAUAAAUCUUCGUCACCACCAUGUUUCCCCUCAACAGAAUAUAUUUCCAUCGAGAGUAUUGGUCUUGAAAUGGUUCUGAAUAAAGUGAACUGUUUCAAUGAAACAGCGCCGAAGCCCCUCUCAAAAUCUUCCUUGAAUUUGAUUUCACAGUUGAAUCCCGGUAUGUCUGAAGAAAACGCCUUGACUCUAACGGAAUCCAUUCUGGAGGUUAUUGGAGAGUGGCCAAGUGAUAUUGCCUUUCCUCUGUUCGAUCUGCUUCGAUGUCUUGUUCGUUGGAAACGCGCGUCAGAAGCUAUUUUCAAACCUUCCGCCUUUUCCAAGCUUCUGCACUCUUCAGGACUCUCCAAAGUUGAGACAGACGCUUCUGCUGCAAAGUUACUCACAAACACUGAGGUCACUUGUUCUCUCUUUGUCUUUCGUCUAAUGGUCAAUGCGAUAUUCUUUGAUGCUCCUCGAGCAACUUCAACUUUUAUACCUGCAUCAAUCUCAUGUGUAGUUGAAAAGACUGCAACACUGGUCAGUAAAUUCGUUGAUCCCCCAGUUGUAAAUGUCUUGGAGAAGAAGAAACACCCUAUGGUUGCCCUCGCAUCGCUAGUGUAUAAUCUAGCUACUCUAGCUCAUCUCCAUAGCAAUGAGCAUAGUUCACUCUCGUCGUCUUUACCUGCAAUUAGAGGUCUUGCUGGACUGUGUGUCCGUAUGGCUUCAAGACUUCUAAUCUUCAAUGCAACCCAGGUUACGAGUUCUGCACUUGUCUAUCCCCCUGAAGUGCCCCAAAGGCUGCUAGCUGCUCUUGGAACGUCUGUGGUUACUGCUAUUCCUUCUCCCAGUACAGCGACGUCUCAAACUGAGGCAGACUUGCGUAUGAAACGCACUGCGCUAAUAGGAAAUGCGGUACCAGUGCAAGGGGAUGUUGGGACUUCAUCUGUGAAUAAUGACGCGGUAAUUGGAUGGGAGCAAGUUGCGGAGAUUCUACACUACUGGAAGGAUUGUAAAGUAAUUGAAAAGUCGGUUAGAGACUGUGCUGACCAGCUGCUUAAAAUGUUGGCCGCAUAG